AGGCAGAAGUGAAGCAUGUUAACGUUGGAUGUGCUGAAGCGCAAACAAUUGGCAACAACCAGGAGUGGACCUGCCAUGACAGAAAGCCACAUAGUAGGUCAAAACACAUUAGAGCAAGAGUAUGCCUUUUGAAUUUAGGUAACAUUGUUGUCGAGAUGUGGAUAGCAACUAACGUUACUGAAGUUAAAACAACAAAUAUGUGUUAAUCCGUUGCCUGACUGACAUUGUUUCUAAACCUAGCUACCCAACUUUCUUCUUAAAAUUACACCUACUAGUCUUGCUAAGUUAUACUAUUUUUUAUAAAAUCACAAUACCGGCCUGCAUUUUUUAAAUGUCAGACGUAGACAAUGCUUGUAGGAAUCCCACACAUUCAUUUCAAGAUGUCAUUGUUGGAGAUGUGUAAUGCCAUUUAAAAAAACCAACAACAUGGCAUUUAAGAUAAAGAACUUAAUCUCGACGACAGCAGUGAGAUAAUACGCCAGCUUUCUGAAGUUUGUAAAGUGGAACACCCAAUUUAAAUGGAACCGACAGUUCUGUCUGGCCCUUUGGGGCACACACAGUGGGAGUCAGAACAGCCAUUUCCUCUCGGAUUUCACACACUGGAUUCAGACAAUGGAGGUGUGCUCUGUCAAAACAAGGGUGACCAGACAGGUUUGGCUUUCAGGAGCGGCGACCAGGAUCAAACAUCCCAACAUGGUGUAGAAAACAACAUUUACCAGGACAAGCCAGUAAAGUUGGACAACCUCAUAAAUAUCUCUGUUUUUCCUCGUGGAGAUUUUCUGUUUGAGGGAGAUCAGUCCAAUAUUUCCCAAGCUUCUCUCCAUAGUAGUCAUAUAGAGGAAUUGCCCUUCACAGAAAAAACUGAGGGACCUGAUGAACUUAGUGACUGCACUUUGUCAUGGCUAUUUUCUCCCAAAAUCACUGAUGGGAUUGGGAAAAACUCUGCCCAUGAGGAACUGAGUCUGACGCAGGAUGCCUCUCCUGAGAGCCCAGAUGCCCUCAGUAGUCAGGCUGAGCUAAUAAGCCUCAGCGUACCGGUGUCUCCAUCGAAGAUUUCCGACAGAAAUCCAGAGACCGACACAGGGGAUCCAUUUUUGUUGGUGGAUCUCCUCUCAAAUGAACACUUUUGCCUCCCACCAGAGUCUUCAGGUGAGUUGAACCCACAGGGUGUCAGUGAGGAGCUGGUAGGCCUGUCGCAAGAGGAGCAGGCAGGUGUCCCUCCCUCGCAGAGCUGGGAGACUUUGUCAUCCGAUACCAGAGGCAAAGGUUUAUUAACUGAUCAAGUGACUGUUCUGCCUGUAACCUGGAGCACUACCCUGCAUGGUUUACCUGAGAACUGCCUCCCGCAUAACCACGUCAGCAGACCACUGGAGUGCUUUGAAGGAUCUGUGCCUUUGUUGGAUUUAGAGGUUCCAGAUUGUGACAGCAGUCUGAGCCUGUGCCCUGCCAGUCCUCCCUCUGUUAUCUGCACAGGUCCACCAUUGGCUUUAUCAACCGAGGAGUCGGAGGUGGAACAUGCAGGAGCUACUGUAAAUAGAAAUGUGACUUCAGACCAAGGUGAGAAUGACUCAUUUGCUCUGGGUUUGUCAGCUGAACCUUCAUCACUGACAGUGCCUCUGGGUGAAGAUGCCUUCAACCCGGGUGAUUUCACCAGUGAGAGUUGCUCUGUGGAAAAUGAGUCUAAGGAUUUAAUGGAAGACGAUAUUUGUUCUGAAGCCAAAAAUCAGGGGAAUGAGGCAAUGGCUUUGGAUCUGUCUUUGACUGCUGACCAGGUCCAUCACAAGGAAACUUGGGACUUGAAACCACAGGAGGGUGUACAGAAUGGAAGUGUUCCCGCUCCGACAACUGACCCGAGGGAAGAUGAGAGGUUGACAGACGGUAGCCAGCUCGAAGGAUCAGAUUGUCAUGAAGUGUCUUCUUUUGAUUUUUCAGUUCAGGAUUUGCACACUUCUUCUCCUGAGGCUGCAUGGACUAGUGAGCAAACUGUGGAGACACUUUCUGUCUCUAAUAUGGUGGCAGAUGACUCACUGCCAAUGGUUUCACCUGAGAAUACGAGGGAGGAAGAUGUCCCCCCUCUAAAAGCUGUGUUCGAUGCUUUAGACCAAGAUGGAGAUGGCUUUGUUCGUAUUGAGGAGUUCAUGGAGUUUGCUGCAGCCUAUGGGGCUGAUCAGGUGAAGGAUCUGACCAAGUUUUUGGAUCCCAGUGGACUGGGAGUGAUCAGCUUUGAAGACUUCCACCGUGGAAUCUCUGCAAUCAGCAAUGGAGGUCCAGAGCCACCGCUCUACAAUGUAAACUACAGUCCAGGCGAUGGAGCUGUGGGCUGUCCAGAGGAGUACGAUGAGCAAAAUGAGGUGACGGACAGUGCGUACCUGGGCUCAGAGAGCACUUACAGUGAGUGUGAGACCUUCACCGAUGAGGACACGGGGGCCCUCGUACCCCCCGAGAUGCAUGAGGACGUGGAGACGGACAGCGGCAUCGAGGCCACACUGCACGACCCUGAAGAUGGCGGAAAUAGGUUCUCCCUGAACUCUGAGCUCCAUAACCACUCUCUGGUGACAGUCAUCGGUGGAGAGGAGGAGCACUUUGAGGACUUUGGGGAAAGCAACAGCUCCGAGUUGCUACUGGAGAGCAGCCUGGAGGGGACCGAGGGGGAGGGCCACUCCCCUCUGGUGCAGUCACCUGAGCAGAUCAAUGGCUCCUCACUGCUCUCUCCCAGCGCUGGCAAGAGGCUCUCCAGCAAGAAAGUAGCAAGACAUCUCCUCCAGAACAGCUCGAUGACUCUGGACACCAUGAGCGACUUGACUCGGGACAUUCUGGAGCUCGCUGACAACGACAUCACAGACAAGGUGCUCCUCCUUGAGCGUCGAGUGGCGGAGCUGGAAAAGGAGUCUGAGUCAUCGGGGGAGCAGCAUGCACGGCUGCGCCAGGAGAACCUUCACCUGGUGCACCGGGCCAAUGCCUUAGAGGAGCAGCUGAAGGAGCAGGAGGUCCACGCCGACGAGAAACUACAGCAGGAGACCCGUCGUCACAAGGAGGCCCUGAUCAAGCUGGAGAGGGAGAGGGGGCUGGAGCUGGAAAACCUGCAGGCCAGGCUGCAGCAGCUGGACGAGGAGAACAGUGAGCUGAGGUCCUGUGUACCUUGUCUUCGAGCAAACAUCGAGAGACAAGAGGAGGAGAAGAGGAAGCUGCAGGAUGAGACAGAAGCCAUGUGCGACAGGCUGCAGGACGAAACGGAGUCCCGCAGGAAGAUGGCUGACAAGCUGAGCCAUGAGCGCCACCAGAACCAGAAGGAGAAGGAGUGCACUCAGGAGCUCAUUGAGGACUUGCGUAAACAGCUCGAGCACCUACAGCUCUACAAGCUGGAGGCUGAAGCAAAGAGAGGGCGCACGCCGGGCGCGGGGCUGCAGGAAUAUCAAACCCGCACACGCGAAGCCGAGCUGGAGCAAGAGAUCAAACGCCUCAAACAGGACAACCGCAGCCUGAAGGAGCAGAACGACGAGUUAAACGGCCAGAUUAUCAACCUGAGCAUCCAGGGAGCCAAGAACUUGAUGUCGGCCUCCUUCUCCGACUCCCUGGCAGCUGAGAUCAACAACGUGUCUCGUGUAGAGUUGAUGGAGGCUGUCCACAAACAGGAGGAGAUCAACUACAGACUCCAGGACUACAUUGACAAGAUCAUUGUGGCCAUCAUGGAGUGCAACCCCUCCAUCCUUGAGGUCAAAUAGACUCCAUGCAGCCAGAUGGCCAUGCACAGUGACUCCUCAGGCUGUUAGAAAUACUGAAGACUUGGCUAAAAGAAAACUACCGAGAGGAUGUAAAAAAUAUUUGGACAUCACUUUUGUAGGAAAACACCACGCGCUCAACUCAUCCGAAUACCCCCCCCCCCCCUCCCCUCCCCCCGGAAAGAGAAGGAUUUAAGAUUUCUAAGAAGUCAAUGGCUGUCAGCAGAGGAUAAAAAAGCAAUUUUCAGUUAAUAUCCCUGGAGUCUGUACUUCUUUGUGAGUGUAUGUGUUAACUCUCCUGAAUACACUUGGGUUCCUGUGACCUCCAUGUAUUUGGCUAGAGGGACCCGAGUCUCCCCUUGUUGAAUGAGUGAAUGUUUAAAUGUGUACAAGAGGUCAGCACCACAAAGGGAUAGAAAAUCGUCCUGUCCCUUUCCCUCAAAAACAGUGUCAAUGUAAGCUAAAAAUAAAACUAAACCAGACAAUUCUACAGUACCGAAAGGCCUUAAAUGAAAGGUGAUCAAAGUAUUUAUUAAUUAUGCAUGCCAUACAUGUCUCCAUUCAGUCUGUGAUGUGUUACCUGGGACAGCGGUGGUGGUAUGGGGGCUGUGAUCUCCUGAACCACGCUGAAUCGUGUUUUAUUCACAAGUGAGAAAGCCGUAUGAAGCACGGGGCAGGAGAUUGGGGCAGCACUUUUCACUUUUGAAUUUGUCUUUUAAUGUGUUUAAAGCUUGCAGUGCCGCCUACCAGUCACUAUAACCGUGUGUUCUGUCCUCUAACCAAGUUCACCUGUCUUUCCAGUGAACCCAAGUGAGGGACGUUUCUAGGGGUAGAGGAUGAGAAACGCCUGGAGGGGGAUUUUUGUGUGUUUUUUUUUUUUUUUCGCGGUGUUACUUUAAGGUUUUGAAAAAGCUUGGUGACACUAGCAAGUAAUAUAAGCUUAAAUGUCCCAAAUUAAGGAGCUGUGUGGUUUAUAAAUUGCUUCAUCUCCUUUUUUCGUUUUACAAUGAAACAGGGUCCAGGAGCUCAGGUGGGCUGGAAACCUCAAGUAGAAGAACAACACUACAUUUCCCAUCACUCCCUGGCACAAAUCUUGAAUAACCCAAACAUAUCUCACUAAUGAGAUAAUAGUGCAGACUGAGUACUGGAACUGACUAAAUACAUCCUGCUCAUACUGACACGCUAACUCUGUAAACUCUCCAGGCACUUGAACUACGCAUGAAGGGAAACUGAUGAGUGAUUCUGGGAAUUGUAGUUUUAAAGAUGUUGUUUUUUGUUUUUUUUUAGUACAGCCCACCUGACCCCAGUGUUCUCUUGCUGAGUGAAAGUAAUGAGGAGCAAGCUUAUCCAGGUAACCGACCUUUUUCUUUUCUUUUCUUUUUUUUUUUUUACUUUUCUCGCUGCACAAGUGAUUUAUUUUUGGUAAAAAUGUUAUUGAGACAGAAAAAUGCUGAUAUUUGAGUUGUAUGUGAAUAAUCAAAUGGUUGUACUUUGCACUAAGUUUUGUUUUGAUUUCAUUGUUUUUUUGUUUUGUUUUUUUUAUAUAGAAAAAACAUGUAUUGUGAAGGGAUCAAAUCAUAAGAUAGUUUAAAGCCUGUAUGAUAGUGUGGGCUGCAGACACCCCACUCGCUAAUGUCAUAUAUAUCAAUUGGAAAUAUUUAAGAAUACUACAAACUACAUUUUGCAGCCAUGUCUUAAGAUGAGGUUUUUUUUUUUUUUCAGCCAUCAGGAGUUUAGAUGAUCUUUUUUUGCCGGCUAUUGGCCAGUUUAAUCGUUUUUUCAGACCAGAUAUAUAAUACUGAAGAGACAUGGCAAACUUUGGUAGCAAUAAUGCUUGGCAAGAAAGUGCAAUUGGUGGAGGGCAGACGGAACAAACCUGCUCUUUAUUUCCUCUGCUGGAGCAACAUCUGCUUUUUCGAAGAUGUAGGAGUGCUUCUGGACUGAUGCCGGGCUUAUCGGUACAACGCAGCCAUUGCUUUUGGACUGAAACUGGACAUAAAAAAACCUACCGGACCUCUUGACGGAUUUCUAGUCGAAUGUUAGUUGGGGAGGGUUAGAGUUUUUUUUUUUUUUUUUUUUUGUCCAAACAGCAUGGCAUCCUGCACCAAUAUGCUAAAGAAGAAUUCCUAUUUUUCACCCUGUUCACCUUUAUGUCAUUGCUCUUCUUCACCUGCCACUGGUAGGUAGGUAAUAGGAAAAAAAAAUGGCCUUGGAUGUAAAUGACUUGUACAUGUAAAGUUUUUUCUACACUCAUUCUAGAUUCUAGGUAUUUUUAUAGUCUGAAGAAAAAGAACAUUUCUUCUUCUUGUCUUAUGCUGAGAGACAGCUGCCUGUAUUCUUCUCUAGCAUGUAGCGUGUACAGUAUCUAUUGGUAUUUUUUUUUCUUUCUUUUCCUCGUUUGAAAUCACAUGCCGAUAUUUAUUCAUCAUUUUGACACAAACGACAACUCACACUCUGUGACGUGUUCUGCUGAAUAUAUCUUUGUACAUUUUUGAAUUCACAAAGGGGGAGAUUAAUUCACAAAGGGGGAGAUUAAUUCACAAAGGGGGAGAUUAAUUCACGGCGAAUGAAUCUGUGGGGAGACUUAAUUGAAUUUGGAGAAAUGCUUAAAGUAUUGUCUGUUGGGAGACUCGCCAUCGUGUGCAAAAAGCUUGAAUGUGACCUUCUCGGGUGGUCGUUUUGUUGAGAUCGUGGCACUCUUCCAUAAGGCUGAUGUUGCUGUGACCUCCUCAGGGUUGUGAUUAUAGACAAAUGGCAGUUUCUACUGUUGUCUUCCCAGAUGGAGUCAGGUCCUCCGUGGAAACGCCAAUUUGUAUCGUUUAUCUCUGAUUCAGUCGUGUGACCUAUGUUUUGACUGACAAAUCAUAUGCUAUAAUUUCCAUUAGUGGAGUUGUGAGACCUCGAAAUGUCAACACCUAAAACCUCAUAGUAAGGCUUUGCCGAGUUUAGCUUCCUGCCUUUUAGUGUGACAGGAGGUUUGCCACAACAGAUUUAAUAAUUAUUCUUUAUGGUAAUGAAUCCUUUUUUGCAUUACAAACAGGAAAUGGGAUGACACUUGAACACAGCAGGCCAUACUACACUUAAUUCUCUCCCUGCUUCAUAUUUACGUGUCUGCGUUUCACAGAUUUGGGACCGACAACAGAAAUACUAGACAGUGAGACGACAGAGCUGAUAUAACAUUCCCUUUUUAGCAGAGCUGCACUUUAACCACCAAGUUUCUCCAUUUUAACUCUUGCUCUCAAAAUGACCAAAGACAGAUGUUACAACUUAAACUGAUUAUUUUAUGCAUCAGGGUCUGUUAUCUUUUGGUAACUGUUCUCAAGACACUCUUGAGUUUGCCCUGAAAGAAAACAUAACCCGGCCUGCUAGUCUAAACACUGUGCCUCUGUGUCUCAAACUUUGCCUCGAAACGAACCUGAUGAUGAGCCCUGGGGGAAGCACUGACCACGUUACUGUCAGUUUGUUAUUUCAUAAUGAUGAAAACCUAAACUGUAAAUAUGAAUUGUCAUUUUUUUGUGUGAACUUUUUCUCUCUCACGCUCACUUCCAGUGUCCAAAGAAAGUUUGCUCAAGGCACAAACAUCACUACUGGAGUAGUGCAUGGCUUGCCAUUAUGUGACAUGGGAAGAUUAAAAAGAGAAAUAUUGUAGAAAAGAGAAAUUGUAAAAGUUAAAUUUAUUCCUAUUUUCAAAGAUAAAUGUAUAAAUUAUAACAGUAUGGGUUACAGCUGUAUAUUAUUUUUGAAGAUCCCCAAAUGAUCUAAUCCUAAUUGUUACUGGGGAAAUAUAAUUUCUGUCAUUGUAAAAAGAGAACAAUUUAAAGGUAAGCAGUGAAAGUAAGAUUAGAAAAAUAAAUGGAAUAAAAUCA